AUGCUCGCCAUGAGGCCGAUACGACACAGGCUGGGGCCGAACCUACUCCGACCACUGCACACGACCUCGCUGCGUCUCUCGGAACCCCGAAUCAUAGAGAACGAUUUUGCCACUCUCAGAGACAAAUACAAUGCUCCAAAAUGGCCAGUGGUUCUGUGCCAUGGACUGUGUGGAUUUAAUGAGAUCGACACUCAUCUGCCCGUGCUUCCAACAUACGAGUACUGGGGAGGCAUCAAGGAGAGUCUGGAGGGUGCAGGAGCUACAGUCAUCACCACAGCGGUGCCUCCAGUGAGCAGUAUCAAGGAGCGGGCUGAAACGCUUGCUGGGUCGCUCACUCAAAUUUUGCAUGAUGCUCCUUGGAAAAAGGACACGGAGAAGAAGAGCCAGCAGGACAAGGAAGAGCCCAAAGUGAAUCUAAUUGCUCACAGCAUGGGCGGGCUGGAUUCGCGGUAUUUGAUCCACAACCUAGCCAAAGACCUACCCUUCAAAGUAGCCUCUCUCACCACUAUAGCUACUCCUCAUCAUGGAACCUCUUUCGCAGACUGGUGCUUUGAUGAACUUGGAGACAAGAAUGUGGACCGGCUAUACACCAUUCUGGAGACUCUAGGAGUCCAGAACCCCGACGGAUUCAAACAGUUGACUACCACGUACUUGAAGGAGUUUAACAAGACCACCCAGAACGAUCCUGAUGUCGCUUACUACUCAUAUGGUGCGCAGUACUUCCCUCACUGGUACAAUGUCUUCUACCCUUCCUGGAAGAUCAUUGAUCACUAUGAAGGUCCUAGUGAUGGAUUGGUGAGUGUCAAGUCCGCUCAGUGGGGUACUUAUCUCGGUACAAUCAACAACUGCGACCAUCUGGAUCUCAUCAACUGGACCAACCGAAUACGGUACCAUUGGUAUCGACUUUCAGGCCAGAGACCCAGUUUCAAUGCUCUGGCAUUUUAUUUGCAUAUUUGUGAUGGUUUAGCAAAGAGGGGUUUCUAA